AUGGGCUCCGGCGAUGAUAACGACCGCGACCUGGACCGGGACCGCGAUCGCUCCUCCUCCCGCCACCACCGCGACAGGCACCACGAGCGCUCCUCCUCCCGCUACCGUCGCGACGACAGGGACUUCGAUCGGGACCGGGGCCGCGAGGAGAGGGAGCAGGCGCGGCGGCGCGAGGGGAGGAGAGAUAGGGAGAGGCCGAGGCGGCGGGAUGCGGACGGGGAGGACGAGGACGGCGACCGCGACCGCAAGCGCCGCCGCGUGUCCUCGCAGCACCGCCGCCGGGACGGGGAGCCGGAGGCGGCGCCCACUACCAGGGACCAGGAGAGGGGCAUGGGGGCCGAGCAGCAGCGGCUCGACGACGAGAUGGAGCGCCGCCGCAUCCGCGUCAAGGACUGGCAGGAGAAGCGCCGCGAGCAGCAGGGUGCCACCGGGCCCAAGGCCGAGGCGGGCUGCGGUGCUGAGGCGGGGAAGAAGUGGAACUUGGAGAGCGAGGAGUCUGACGAGGAAGAGGAUGGCACGGAUUUGGGCGGAAGCAGUGUCAUGGAUGUUGAUUGCGACAAUGGGGGUAAUGCUACCAGUGGCCCUACUGAUGUGGAAGUGGAGGAGGAAGAGAUUGAUCCGCUUGACGCGUUCAUGAACACCAUGGUGCUGCCGGAGGUCGCAAAGCUGGAGAGCAAUCCAGCAUCAGUGGACGGUGUAAGGGAGGUUGCUGUCAGUACUGGGGGUAAGAAAGGGUUGAAGAUGGCGAUGGGGAGAAUCAUGCAAGGGGAUGACUCAGACUCGGAUUAUGGCGAUGAUGGUGAUGGUGUUGCUGGAUUGGAGGAUGAGGACGAUGAGGAGUUCAUGAAGCGCGUCAAGAAGACAAAGGAAUUGGAGCUCAAGGUGCACGGGAAAGAUGUGCCCAAGCCAAUUAAGACAUGGUUACAGAGUGGGCAGACUAGCAAGCUCCUUGACACCAUCAAGAAGCUUGGUUUCGAGAAACCCAUGCCUAUACAAGAGCAAGCGCUGCCGGUCAUCAUGAGUGGCCGUGAUUGCAUUGGUGUUGCAAAAACUGGAUCUGGCAAAACACUUGCGUUUCUCCUUCCGAUGCUCAGGCAUGUCAAAGACCAGCCACCUGUUGCUCCUGGAGAUGGUCCUGUUGGGCUCAUUGUGGCUCCUACAAGGGAGCUUGUGGUGCAGAUACACUCGGACAUUAAGAAGUUCUCUAAGAUGCUUGGCAUUAGUUGUGUUGCUGUCUAUGGAGGUUCAGGGGUUGCCCAGCAGAUCAGUGAACUGAAACGAGGUGCUGAAAUUGUCGUUUGCACACCAGGAAGGAUGAUCGAUAUCCUCUGUACUAGCAAUGGGAAAAUCACUAACCUUCGGAGAGUGACAUUCUUGGUGAUGGAUGAAGCUGAUAGAAUGUUCGACAUGGGUUUUGAGCCUCAGAUUACAAGGAUAAUUCAAAACACUCGGCGAGAUAGGCAGACAGUGCUUUUCUCAGCCACUUUUCCAAGGCAGGUAGAGAUGCUGGCGCGCAAGGUGCUGAUCAAACCCGUUGAGAUUCAGGUGGGUGGGAGGAGUGUGGUGAACAAAGACAUCACACAAGUAGUCGAGGUGCGACCAGAAAGUGAGAGGUUCUUGAGGCUGUUAGAGUUGCUUGGGAAGUGGUGUGAUAAGGGGAAGAUUCUUGUUUUUGUCCACACUCAAGAUAAAUGCGAUUCUCUGCUUAAAAACUUGUUCCAGCAUGGAUACCAGUGCCUGUCUCUACAUGGUGGUAAAGACCAAGCUGAUCGUGAAUCAACUGUUGCUGAUUUCAAGAGCAAUAUCUGCAGCUUGCUGAUUGCUACUAGUGUUGCUGCUAGGGGUUUAGAUGUGAAAGAACUUGAAUUGGUUGUCAAUUAUGAUGUCCCUAACCACUAUGAGGACUAUGUUCAUCGUGUUGGGCGAACAGGCCGUGCUGGUAGGAAGGGCUCUGCUGUGACUUUUAUUUCCGAGGAAGAGGAGCGGUAUGCGCCAGACCUUGUGAAGGCAUUGGAGCUCUCUGAACAGACUGUUCCAGAGGACCUGAAAGCCUUAGCUGAUCGGUUUAUGGCAAAGGUGAAGCAGGGAACAGAGCGGACCCAUGGUACUGGUUAUGGUGGAAGCGGUUUCAAGUUCAAUGAGGAAGAGGAUGAAGCGCGGAAGUCCACAAAGAAGGCUCAGGCAAGGGAAUAUGGAUAUGAGGAGGAGAAGUCAGAUUCAGAUUUUGACGAGGAAGAGGUACAUAAGGCAGGAGAUGACCUGGACGUGCAGGCGGUUGGUGAUCCGAGCGCAAAUGAUGAAGCUAGGCUUCAUGCUCUUGAGGCUUUGGCACGGAUACAGCGCCAUGCGGUUCCUGACCACUACGAGGCUGAGCUUGAGAUUAAUGAUUUCCCACAGUAUGCUCGCUGGAGGAUCACUCACAAAGACACACUGGGUCCUAUUCAGGAAGGUGGUGUUGCUAUCACUAUACGGGGAACAUAUAUUGCUCAAGGAAAAGUUGCUGGUGCCAAUGAGCGCAAACUGUACCUGUUUAUCGAGGGCCACUCAGAGUCUUGUGUGAAGAAGGCAAAAGCAGAGUUGAAACGUGUCCUUGAGGAUUGUGUCAGCCAGGUUCCCAAUCUACCCAAAUCUGCUCCAACUAAAAAUACUCAGUUAUUUGAAGCAGGUGCUGACGACGGUGGUGGGUGCUGGGGAGGUGCUGGAGGAGGAGGAGGGCUGGGAGGGAUGACGUCGCCGAGGAAGGACGGGGGGUUCCUGACCCAGGACCAGCGGGAGAAGCUGCGGAUCGCGGUGCAGAACGCGGAGACGCAGUCGCUCGCCUCCCCGCGCUCGCCCACGGGAGGGACCACCUCCGCGCUGCUGCAGCAGUACGAGCAGCAGAUGCUGGAGCAGAAGCGCGCCACCGCCGCAGCGGCCGCCGCGGCUGCUGGUGGCGGGAGGGGCGGCGGCGGAGGAGGGGGAGGGGGAGGGGGAGGUGGGCCCAGGCACGUGCGCCGGUCGCAUUCCGGGAAGACCAUCAAGGUGAAGAAAGAUGGAGCUGGUGGCAAAGGGACUUGGGGCAAACUAAUUGAUACUGACGCAGAGGCAUGCCUUGACCGAAAUGAUCCAAAUUAUGACAGUGGUGAGGAACCAUACGAGUUAGUUGAAGCCCCUGUUUCAACCCCACUAGAAGACUACAAGAAAGCUGUUGUCCCGUUAAUUGAGGAAUAUUUCAGCAAUGGUGAUGUGAAAUUAGCUGCUUCUGAUCUUAAAGAAUUGGGUUAUGAUGAUUUCCACCGUUACUUUGUCAAGAAGCUUGUUUCCACAGCAAUGGACAGGCAUGACAAGGAGAAAGAGAUGGCAUCAGUGCUUCUAUCAUAUCUUUAUGGCAACGUGGUCAGUUCAACUCAAAUCAGACUGGGCUUUGUGCUGCUAUUAGAGGCUGUUGAUGACCUGGCUGUUGACAUACCUGAUGUGGUUGAUGUGCUCGCGCUUUUCAUUGCACGUGCAGUUGUUGAUGACAUUCUGCCACCUGCUUUCCUUAGCAAGGCAAAAGUGAGUCUCUCAGGAUCUUCAAAGGGUAUGCAGGUUGUACAAAUUGCAGAGAAAAGCUAUCUUUCAGCACCCCACCACGCAGAGUUACUUGAGCGACGAUGGGGUGGUUCAACUCGCAUCACGGUAGAAGAGGUGAAGAAGAGGAUUGCUGAUCUUCUAAAGGAAUACAUUAGAAAUGGUGAUACAGCUGAGGCUUGUAGGUGCAUUAGAGAGCUGGCAGUGCCCUUUUUUCAUCAUGAGGUGGUGAAGCGAGCUCUUACUCUUGGAAUGGAGAGUCCAGCUGCUGAAGCUCUUAUUGUCAAACUUCUGAAGGAAGCAUCUGAAGAAUGUUUAAUAAGCUCUAGUCAGAUGAUGAAAGGAUUCUAUCGGGUUGCUGAGAGUCUUGAUGAUCUCAUUCUUGAUAUACCAUCUGCAAAGUCUGAAUUUCAGCUGUUGGUAUCAAAAGCCAUUUCUGAGGGAUGGCUAGAUUCUUCGUAUGUGAAGUCAGGUGUCAACGGAAGCGUUGAAGAUGAUGAACAUGAGAAGCUGGCAAGGUACAAGAGGGAGGCUGUUUCUAUAAUACACGAAUACUUUCUCUCUGAUGAUACAACAGAGGUUAUCCGUAGUGUCAAAGAGCUUGGUUAUCCAGAAUAUAACCCAAUCUUCAUCAAGAAGCUCAUAACAAUUGCUAUGGACCGCAAGAACAGGGAGAAAGAGAUGGCAUCAGUUCUUCUAUCCUCAUUAAGCAUGGAGCUGUUCUCGUCUGAAGACAUCGCCAAGGGAUUCAUAAUGCUCCUUGAAUCUGCAGAAGACACCGCACUGGAUAUAUUGGAUGCCUCAGAUGCGCUGGGACUGUUCCUAGCCAGGGCUGUGAUUGAUGAUAGGCUUCUGAGGUGCUGGGGUGGUGGAACCGGAUGGGCUGUGGAGGAUGCCAAGGACAAGAUAACAAAGCUCCUGGAGGAGUACGAAAGUGGAGGUGAUUUAGGGGAAGCAUGCAACUGCAUCCGUGAGCUGGGUAUGUCUUUCUUCAACCAUGAAGUUGUCAAGAAGGCACUCGUGAUGGCAAUGGAGAAGAAGAAUGAGAGGACCCUAAGCCUGCUGCAGGAGUGCUUUGGUGAAGGGAUCAUAACCAUCAACCAGAUGACCAAGGGGUUCUCAAGGGUCAGGGAUGGGCUCGAUGACCUGGCUCUCGACAUUCCUGAUGCCAGGGAGAAGUUCCUUUCCUAUGUGGAGCACGCGAAGAAGAGUGGAUGGCUCCUGCCUGGGUUCGGUGUUGCAUCUUGGCUUGAACAGCUGGGCAGAGAAGCACGAAGCUGA